UUUAGCGCUGAAUUAAAUUGAUUUGCGUGAAAAAAAUACGGAAACCAGAUGUCUGGAAACGUCAAUGAGCAUUAUGAAGGCGACGAAACCUGUUCUGGACGCAUUUGGGACGUCAGCUUUGUGACAGAACAAUCUGGUCGUUCAUUAUUUGACACCGACCUUGCUUCUGACUUCACCAUUGCUAAAAUGUCUGGUUGUGACAUAACAAAUGAAAUCAGUAAACCGUCUGAAACAGCUGACAAUCAAUUGUUAGAAGAUUGUGACGGAAUAAUUGUUCGUGCUAAUUGGACGGAGAACUUGCAGACAAAAAAUGACGGAACUGUACAAUCCCGUGACAGCAUCACAAACCGACGAUUAAGCGACGAAAUGAGUGUUCGAAGAUCCAGCUCCAGCUACGGACUAGUACUGGUUCAAAGGACAAGUCGAGAGAAAUGGUCCCGGAAGAUUGAUUUUCUUCUCAGUGUCGUUGGAUUCGCCGUCGACCUCGGAAAUGUUUGGAGGUUUCCAUAUAUCUGCUACAAGAAUGGUGGAGGGGCGUUCCUGAUCCCUUAUCUACUGAUGAUCAUGUUAGGCGGUGUUCCUCUCUUCUAUCUGGAAUUAGCUCUCGGUCAAUAUCAUAGGAAUGGAUGCAUCUCGAUAUGGAGGAGGAUUUGCCCGAUAUUGAAAGGUCUAGGAUAUGCGAUUUGUUUGAUGGCUUUGUACGUCUCAAGUUACUACAACACCGUCAUAGCGUGGGCCGUGUUCUACUUGUAUAGUUCGUUUACGUCUGAGCUUCCUUGGAGCCAUUGUGGCCAUGAAUGGAACGAUAAUACCACUUGUGUCGACAAAAUAGACGCCGCAGCACACAACCAAUCAUGGAGCAACACGUCACAAUCACCGUCACAACAAUUUUUCGAGCGUCACGUCCUCGAGCUUCACAAAUCCACCGGCCUUGACGAUCUGGGGGCGCCCAAGAUGGAGAUUGUGUUUUGUCUUCUGAUUGUUUACGUCAUAGUCUAUUUCAGCUUGUGGAAAGGAGUGAAAUCUUCGGGAAAGGUCGUCUGGUUCACGGCAACCUUCCCAUAUGUAGUGUUGCUAAUCCUACUUGUACGAGGCGCAACCCUACCAGGGGCGAGCAAGGGAAUCGAGUUUUAUCUGAAACCAAACUGGGAGACACUGGCUGAUCCUGUAGUUUGGCUGCAAGCUGCAACUCAAGUUUUCUUCUCACUCGGGCCAGGAUUCGGAACCCUGCUAGCCUUAUCGAGUUACAACGACUUCCACAACAAUUGUUAUCGUGACGCUCUCAUUACAAGCACAAUUAACUGUCUUACAAGUUUCCUGGCUGGCUUCGUCGUUUUCUCCGUCCUUGGCUACAUGGCUCACUUGCUCAAUAAAGAGGACAUAAGUGACGUAACAACUCCAGGUGUCGGACUACUAUUUGUUGUUUUCUCCCAAGCUCUCACCCAAUUCAGUGGAUCCGUUUUCUUCUCAAUCAUGUUCUUUCUGAUGAUCAUAACUCUGGGGCUAGACAGCACGUUUGGCGGACUGGAAGCUGUCAUUACUGGGUUCUCUGACGAAUUCCCAAAGACAAUUGGGAAACAUCGAGAGCUGUUCGUCCUCGGCUUGUUAGUUGCGAGUUUCACUCUCUCGCUGUCUACAACGACAUACGGUGGAAUAUACAUGGUCACAUUGAUGGAGACUUAUGCUACCGGGACUGCCAUUAUGAUCGUUGUGUUAUUGGAAGCGAUUGCUGUCAGCUGGUUCUAUGGUAUCGACAGGGUCAGCCAUGAUAUACGAGCUAUGAUUGGUUCUCCGCCCGGAAUGUAUUGGAAAAUAUGCUGGAAAUAUGUCAGCCCUGUGUUUCUAUCGUUCAUGAUCAUAAUGAGUUUUAUCUUCAUUCCUCCACUGGAGUACGGUUCCUAUGAGUUCCCUAAUUGGUCGACAGGAGUGGGAUGGGCCAUCACGGUAUCAUCGGUUAUUUUAGUACCCACGUACGCCAUCUACCGGUCAGUAAAAAAGUGUUACACAAAAAGAAGGUUGGAUAAGCCAGAAACAGAAGAACAUAGAAGAUAAAAUAUCUCAUGAAAGCGAUUGUUUGUGAGGUCAUCAAAGUAUGACGUCAUUUUAAGACUUACGUAUCAUGUCCCCGCCAAAAGCGCCAAGAAUGGACGCUAAGGAGUAUUUAUCAAAGAAAGUUCAAUAUAUUUCCCGACUUUGUUUCACGCCCAGUUUUACAUGGCCGCCAGUGGGCGCUAAAGAACUGUGGAGAUUUUGGGUUGAAGAAUCGGAGAAAAUUCACAAUUGACUCCUGAUUCCGAGUUUGAAAAUAGUUCGGCUUCAACUCCGGGUUCAAAAAAUUUCGACUCCAACUUUAAAAUAAUCACAUAUUGUUAAGGAAUACUUUGCGCAUGCAAGCCUACUGUAAUAAUAGAUCAGGGUUUGCAAAAUUUUCGUCGGUGGGCCAUAUCAACUUCAGACAUUUAGCUGGGCCGCACAAAACGAAGAUAAUGCGGAUGUCGCUUAGCCUCACAGUAAUAAAGACAUCGUGCAAAACGGCGGAAGAUAUAACGCAGCGGCAAAAGAAAAAAUAAUGUUUCUUUGCCCAUGUGAGCGCUUUUUAUGUUUUUAAAAAUUGUUCAUGUGGGUGAGAAUACAGAAUGUUUCUUGUUCUCGUCGCUGCGUUUUGCACGGUGCCUUUAAUACUAAGCUAAGCAAUAGCCGCAUACUGUUAUCGGCUAAAUGUCAGAAGUUGGUUAUGUGACCCAGAGACAAAAAAUGUUGCACACCCUUGGGUUAAAGCAUAUUUUCAAUUUGAAUCGAAAAAUUGAGCCUUGUAUGGAACUUGUAUCGGGAAUAGGUUCCACGACCGCUUUUUCUUUUACUGCAAAGUUUCAAUGUUGUAAUUAAUUGUGCAUAAUCAUCGUUUUUCUAUUAUAUUGUCUGAAGCUUGUCAAAAUAAAUGUAAUUUAUGUUGA